AUGUCGGAUCACGAAUUGGCUGCUGGUGAUUCAAAUCAAGCAACCGUAACCUCAAUUGGGCCAGCGUCAACAGUUUCGCUUUCAAUAGAAUCAAGAGAUGAAUCUGGUCCUAAGGAUUCGAGCCAACAAGUGGAACAAGAAGAGACUAAGGAAUCAAAGUUAGAACCGGAGCAUAAUUCAGAAAUAAACGGAAUAGAAAAACCUAAAGAGGCUGCCGAGUCAGAACCAGAAAAACAACAGAGCAAGCAACAGAAACCAGAGGAACCAGAGGAACCAGAAACGAAAAAACCAGAAGAAUUAGGACCUUCAGAGCAGAAAGGUGAAAAUACAGAGGAAGUUGAUGCUCGAACAGUAAGGAAUUUUGUCGGCGGAUCUAAUGCAAAAUCAACUAUUGGUCUUGUUAAAGAAACUUUGAAAGUAAUUUUAGAGGAUAAAGAUGUUAAAAAAUACCCAAAUGUCCAAAAGAUUUGCGAGAGAUCAUGGGAAAAACUACAGGAAAUUAGCAUUCAAGGAGCUUAUAUCUUAGAUUCUAUCACGAUUUUUGAAGCUCUUCGUUCCUGUUGUAGAACUAACUCAAUACGUAUUCAAUUGAGGGCGCUGGAUUGUCUUUCUAAACUUUUUUCAUUUAGAGCGUUAGAUGAAGAAAUUUUGGUAAAUCCACCUGACUCUAUGGCAUCUAAUGACCAAACGCCGGAAGAUGCUGCUGCAUCAGGAAUUACACCUCCACCAAAGCAAAGACUAAUCGACGCUUCUAUCGAUACCAUAUCAGAUUGUUUCCAAGGUGAGGGUACCGAUGAAAGAGUAGAACUACAAAUUGUAAGAGCUCUCUCCAAUUGUAUUCUAACGGAAGAUCCUUCUUCAUCUUUAUGCCAUGGUGCAUCAUUGUUAAAGGCGAUUAGAACCAUCUACAAUAUUUUUAUCUUUUCAUUAAAUUCAUCAAAUCAAGGUAUUGCACAAGCAACUCUAACUCAAAUCGUUGGUACAGUAUUUGAUAGAAUUGAUCUAAGUCAACUUCCGGCCACCCCUGCGGUGGAAUUAACGGAAGUGGACGAUAAUGAUUCUUCAGUGCAACAUGCUCCUUUAACUUUACAAAAUAUGGACGUGCUCAAUGAAGAUGACGAACAGGUCAUGGAGGAUACUUCUAAGCCGGGAGCCCUAGAUGAGGCAGAAGGACAAAAUAUUCAAGAACUUUUGAUCAAGGACGGAUUCUUAGUUUUCAGGGCCAUGUCAAAAAUAUCUGCGAAACCACUAGAAACAGAGUUGGAUAUGAGAUCUCAUGCAGUUAGAUCCAAGCUUCUUUCAUUGCACAUCAUCCAUUCUAUCAUUAAAGACCAUAUCGAUAUCUUUUUGUCUCGAACAGCGUAUAUACCGGGCAAAGAACGCAUUACUUUAUUAGAUUCUAUGAGGCAAUAUCUGUGUUUAACACUUUCGAGAAAUGCCGCUUCAUCCAUAGCGCCAGUAUUUGAAGUAACUUUAGAAAUUAUGUGGUUGAUGAUUUCAAAUCUAAGAGCCGAAUUCAAAAGAGAGAUACCCGUCUUCCUCACUGAGAUCUACUUCCCCAUCUCCGAUCUAAAGACAUCCACUCCACAUCAAAAGAGAUACUUUUUGAGUGUCAUCCAAAGGCUUUGUAAUGAUCCAAGAACUUUGAUAGAGUUUUACCUCAACUAUGAUUGUAAUCAAGGCAUGCCAAAUAUCAUGGAAAUGAUGGUUGACUAUUUGACGCGACUAGCUCUUACAAGGGUAGAAAUCACACCAACUCAGAAGGUCUAUUAUGCGGAACAAGCAUUUAUGCCCUUAGCCACUUACAACGUAAAUCAAGUACCAUUGUUAUCAACAUCCAAUUUAUCGUCCAGCUUCGAGUCUAACCAAUCUACGUUGCCCUUCCCGGUCGAGUUUGCCCUAAAAAUGACUUCUUUGAGCUGUAUUGUAUCUGUCUUAAGAUCUUUAAGUUCUUGGGCUCAUCGUUCUCUCAACCCAUCUUUAAGCGUGAACAACAAUGGUUCUGCAAGUACUCGUUCCCGCCGUUCCGGAUCUGGUGUAUCUUUACAACCUGGUAAACGCAAGGACUCAGAAUUAAACAGUUCAAAUGCCAGUUUGAGUAGCAUGAAUGGUGAUGAGAGCGAAUCUAUGGCAAGCCAGGAUGUGGACGAUCCGUCUCAGUUCGAAAGUUUAAAACAGCAAAAGACAGAAUUAACUGCCUGUGUGAGACUCUUCAACUACAAGCCAAAGAGAGCCAUUCCAGAGUUGAUCAACAAGAAGUUCAUCAAAGAUGAUUCUCCAGAAUCUAUCGCUAAAUGGCUUUUAUCUACUGAUGAUUUGAAUUUAGCCACUGUGGGUGAUUUUCUAGGUGAAGGUGAGGAUAAGAACAUUGAGACCAUGCAUGCCUUUGUCGAUGCAUUUGAUUUUACUGGUCUUUCGAUUGUGGACGCCAUCAGAAACUUCUUACAAAAAUUUAGACUACCAGGUGAAGGUCAAAAGAUUGAUAGAUUCAUGUUGAAGUUCGCAGAAAGAUAUGUUGACCAAAACCCCGGUGUCUUCUCUAAAGCUGACACUGCUUAUGUCUUGUCAUAUUCCAUCAUUAUGUUGAAUACAGACCUUCACUCUUCUCAAAUCAAAAACAAAAUGACUUUGCAAGAGUUUUUGGAGAAUAAUACGGGUAUUGACAAUGGCAAUGAUCUACCAAAAGAAUUCAUGGUAAAUCUGUACAAUGAAAUUGCUAAUAACGAAAUCAAAUUGCUUUCUGAACAACACCAAGCCAUGUUGGCUGAUGAUGGUAACCUAAUUCACCAGCAACAACAACAACAAUCUGCCUUCAGCUUUUUCAGCAGUAGGGAUUUGGUUAGAGAAGCUUACAUGCAAGUAUCUAAGGAAAUGUCUUCCAAAACAGAGCUUGUCUUCAAGAAUUUAAACAAAUCCAGAAGUAAAGGUGGAACUGAUAUCUUUUACGCAGCUUCUCAUGUAGAACAUGUGAAAUCUGUGUUUGAGACACUUUGGAUGUCAUUCCUUGCAGCUCUAACUCCUCCAUUCAAAGAGUACGAUGAUCUGGAUACUACCAACAAGUGUUUAGAAGGCCUAAAGAUUUCCAUUAAAAUUUCUGCCUCAUUUGGUAUCGAAUAUGCCAAGAAAUCAUUUAUCGGAGCAUUGGUACAAUUCUGUAACCUGCAUAAUUUGAAUGAAAUUAAGAUAAAGAAUGUCAAUGCUAUCAUUGUCGUUUUAGAGGUUGCCCUUUCUGAAGGUACUUUCUUUAAAGAAUCGUGGAAAGAUGUUCUUUUGGUGAUUUCUCAAGUCGAGAGGUUACAAUUGAUCUCCAAAGGGAUUGAUAGAGAAAGCGUUCCAGAUGUGACACAAGCAAGAGUAGCUACUCAAAAGGUAUCUUUCGACUCUACGAGAUCAAACUCUACGUCAUUUCUUGAUAAAUGGACUAGAAGGGCUACACCCCUUGAACUGGCACAGGAAAAGCAUUAUAAUCAAACUUUAUCCCCUGAGAUCUCGAAAUUCAUCUCUUCUAGCGAAUUGGUUGUUUUGAUGGAUCACGUCUUUACUCGCAGUUCUAAUCUUUCCGGUAAUGCGAUCGUCGAUUUCAUUAAGGCUUUGACUGAUGUUUCCCUGGAGGAAAUCGAAUCUUCUCAAGAUGCUUCUACCCCCAGAAUGUUUUCUUUGCAAAAGAUGGUCGACGUCUGCUACUAUAACAUGGAUCGUAUCAAGGUCGAAUGGACACCAAUAUGGGCUGUAAUGGGUACUGCGUUUAACAAGAUAGCCACCAAUCCAAACCUUGCCGUUGUUUUCUUCGCUGUGGACUCAUUGCGCCAACUUUCGAUGCGUUUCCUAAACCUAGAAGAACUAUCUGGGUUUGAGUUCCAGCAUGAUUUCCUAAAGCCUUUUGAGUAUAUCAUUCAAAACACAAGUAGUACUGAUGUACAGGAGAUGAUUAUUGAAUGCUUCCGUAAUUUUAUUUUGACCAAAUCGAGUAAAAUUAAAUCUGGUUGGAAACCAAUUUUGGAGUCACUUCAAUACACUGCAAAAUCUCCACAGGAAUCAAUCAUCUACAAAACUUAUAUGUUAGUGACUAACGAUAUUGUUACCAACCAUUUUGAAAGUGUCUUUUGUCAAGAUGAUGCAUUUGGUGAAUUGGUUUCAGUCUUUAGAGAAAUUACGAAGAACCAUAGAUCUCAAAAAUUGUCAUUGCAUUCUUUGGAAGGAUUAAGGAGAAUGACACAAAAGAUUGCAGAUAUGUGUUUCUACAAAGGUUCAGAUGAAGAGAAACGUACACAUUAUGAAACUAUUUUGAGAGGUAAGGACAUUUUCCAAAACAUUUGGUUCCCCAUGCUAUUUUCCUUUAAUGAUACAAUCAUGACUGCCGAUGAUUUAGAAAUAAGAUCUCGUGCUCUGAACUACAUGUUUGAUGCAUUAGUAGCCUACGGUAACGAAUUCGACGAUCUAUUUUGGGAAAAAAUCUGUACCAAAUUGUUGUUCCCAAUCUUUGGAGUUCUUUCCAAGCAUUGGGAAGUCAACCAGUUUAACAGUCAUGACGACUUGACUGUUUGGUUGUCUACCACAUUAAUCCAAGCUCUAAGGAAUCUAAUUGCCCUCUUUACCCAUUAUUUCAAAUCCUUGAAUAAAAUGUUAGAUGGUUUCCUAGGUCUCUUAGUUUCCUGUAUAUGCCAGGAAAACGAUACGAUUGCUAGAAUUGGUAGAUCAUGUCUACAACAGCUCAUUUUACAGAAUGUGACAAAAUUCGAUGCUAACCAUUGGCAAGACAUCGGGGGAGUCUUUGACAGGUUAUUUGAGUUGACCACUGCUACGGAGUUAUUUGAGUAUGAUCCUAUGCACCAAGGUAGACGUAAAUCAGUCUCUCAUCAUCCCCGUGCUUCGCAUGGUAACGACAUGAACAACAGUAAUAACGAUAACAAUAACAAUAGCACAAACGAGGGCCCACAGGUAGGUACUAAUGGUAACGACACUAAUGGUAAUAUUGGAGAAACUGUACAACGUGCUCACGAAGAGGAAUGUAGUGAGGAUGUAGGUAACGACAUGGUAACUGAAGGUAGUGAAAUCGCUUCUGCUGCAAAAAAUCUGAACUCACCUCAAUUCAAUAGGGCGCCUACCCCUAGUAGCAUACAAAAUGCAGCUACUAACACUAAACCAUCUAAAAGAUUGGUUCACACAAAGAGCAGCGAGGAUUUGCGUCGUAGAAUAACCGUUAAAAAUUCAAUUGUGGUUAAAUGUGUUCUGCACUUGUUAAUGAUCGAACUAUUGAGUGAAUUAUUUGAAAACGAAGAGUUUGCUCGUAGUAUGCCCCAUGAUCAAGCUAUUGGAAUUACUGUACUAUUAGAAAAAUCCUAUGAAUUUGCCCGUGAUUUCAACGAAGAUUACCAAUUGCGCACUAGAUUGGUCGAAGCUCGUGUCGUUGAUAAGAUACCAAACCUUUUGAAACAAGAAACAAGUGCUGCAGCUGUAUUGAUCAAUAUUCUUUUCAAGCUGUACUUGAACGAUGAACAGAAGAAGCCACAACUUUCACAAAGACUUAUCGGUAUCUGUACUGCCGUAAUGGAAGGUUACGUGCUAUUAGAUGAUCGUACUAUGGAGCGUAGCAUCAAUUCGUGGAGACCAGUUAUUGUUGAAAUUUUACAAGGUUAUUACGAAUUUGACGACGAUGAUUUCAAGGAGUACUGUCCGGGAAUGUACAGUCUCGUCAUGUCAAUUUUGGACAAAAGCGUUCCUGCCGAUUUACGGAAAGCCGUCAAGAUCUUUUUGUCCAGAGUUGGUGAACUGUAUUUAAAUACAAACUCAUAA